AUGGCUCCUCAACCGGUCAGAGUCAGCAGCGUCUCUGUGCACAGAGCAUCCAUUGACCCCGCCCCCAAAAUUGACGGACAGCGGACCUCGUCGGUCACCAUACAGGAGAACGUCACUCACCACUUCAGCUGCCAAUCAGAGGGCUGGGAUGCUCAAGCCCCGCCCCUGCUCACCUGGUACCUGAACGGCGAGCGGCAGAGCGAGGUGACGGGCCGCCGGGGGGCGGGGCGUCUGGUGAUGACAUCAUCGCAGGAUUCCGGAGCGCUGAAAUACGGAUCGGAGCGCAACAGCACGUUCACACUGAAGCCGAGGCGCUGGGACCGAGAGCUGGUGUGUGCGGCGCGGAACCCCGCGCGAGGAGAGAGCUACAACGCCAGCGUCUCGCUCAACGUCCAGUUCCAGCCGGAGAUCCUGCGUGUGGACGCUCACUACAGCGAGAGCUCGGACCCGGGCCUCGCCCUCAUCCUUUUCGCUUUGGUUCGCUCCAACCCCCCCGCCACCAUCCGCUGGGUGGAUCAGUCCGGUCAGCUGCUCGCCAACAGCUCCGACUUCCUCAUCCUGGACUCACGCAGCUUGCCCUGGCUGACCAAUCACAGCCUGCAGCUCACGCUCAGCAGCCUAUCAGGAAACAUCACCGUGAACGCCAACAACAGCCUCGGCUCCGCCCACAGCAACCUCACGCUCACAGAGUUCCUGCAGUCGCGUGUGGAGGUGCCGGUGUUCGGGAUCGUGACGGGCGGUGUCGCCGGCUUCAUCACCCUCCUCAUCUUCACCCUGAUGGUGUUCUUCCUCCUCCAGAAGGACAAAACCAAAGCCCUCGAGGAGCCUGCAGUGCGUCUCUCCUGCAAACGCAGCGAGAGCGGUGUGUAUCUGCCGCGGGAGAACAUGUCUCUGCCAUCUCACGUGCAGCUGAACGACGACCGAGCGCUCUGUAAAGGAUGCCAGAGCUCCAGACCCAACACGCUGGAGAGGAGACGCACCGAGGACGAGGAGGAGGACCUGUCUGCGGCCUACGCCGCCCGAGGUUUCGCUCGCUAUCCGAUGGUUGGCUACAUCUAUAAAGUCAGCAGCACCAGCAGCGACGAGAUCUGGCUCUGAUUCACACGCACAAACAGAGCCAUGACGACCCACAUCUGACCUCUGACCUCUGACCUCACGCCCUGCCGAGGCUGAUGAAUCUCUCAGACAUCGAGCCUCAUAUCUGAGAUCUCAACGACUGACAGUGUCCUGCUGAAGAACGGCAUUACCCAUAAUCCCCUGAUCUGAGAAACCACUGUUACUAUGGAAACACCAAUCAGAGGCUAUUUCCA